GGCAGAGCUUGCACUUCAAUGCGAUACAUUCUCCGUUGCAGAAAAGUCUCUGACAGAUACAUUGGGUCAGCCGGCAGAGCUUGAUACCAGCCCAGACUUAAAUGAUUGGAUAAAUGUCCUGAGGCGGGCGGGUGGCGGUGGCAGCACCUCCUCCACCAGCACUAUCUCUCAAAAACAAAGCAAGGCCCAGCUGGAUGGUCUUGUUUUCGCCCCCAGAGAAUGAGAGGGCCGGCCUUAGGGAGGUGAUGUCUGAACACCAAGAUGUCACAAAGAUAAUGCGCGAAUACGACCGUUGGUGGUGUAGGCACCUGGAUAGGAACAACCAACUCGAGCAUCUCAGAAGAGUCACGGUUAACGCUGAAAUACGGCAGAGUGACUUCAAUUCCCAACCAGCAAAAGAACGUCAGGAUGUUUCUGGUUCAGAAUCUUCAAUGAUUUUUCAUCCCCUGACGGACAGUUGGUCUCCAAGUCCAAGGAAUAGUCGGACAAAGCCCUUCGAACAGAUACGAAAAUCUCAGAACCAAUCUGUUGUAAAAACAACUGUAUCUGCUCAGCGUCCGAAAGCUUCCUCAGGGACAGCGCCAAUUCUGACGAAGUUCGCAAGAAAAAUAGCAGACUCACUGGACGUUGGUGGCAGCGAACCUGGGGACACGUCGUUGCAUCUUUCCUUGCCGACCCGUACGCAACGACCGAAAAAAACUGUCGUCCCCAAUCGGAUAGUCAAAUCGAAAUCCCCCUUGCUCAGUCUUGAUCGGUCAGAUGUAAUGGUCAACCCAGAGAACCGUAGUCACAUUUACCUGUCCAGUCCUCCGUCGCAAAUGCCUUUGUCCAGAAAGUCAGCCACCCAAUCGGCAGCCUUCUCCCCGAAGCAUUCGACGACGUUUACUGAUAUUCAGUCUCACAACCUUCCAUCCUCAUUCACCCUAGGCCAUGAUGGUUUCUUGUCUUCUCCAUCUCCCGGAUCAUCACAUGGCUCUGUUAGUCGACUGUUAGCCGCUGAUCGAGUUCGCAAAGUUCCUCCAUCUGCCCAACCAAAUCAUCUCCCAAUCAAUUCGCAGAGUACUCCCAAGAUUUUAGCGCCUAAUUCGGAUACUUCAUCUCAGCCAUUUUCACAGUCGCAACUUCAGUCUCAGUCAUGGGUACAUUCUCAAUCCCAAUCCCAAGAGUGUCCUCCCUCCCAGCUCCACCCCUUAUUUUCUCAAUCACUAUCACAAUCACAAUCUGAACUUCAUUCGCAGUUAUCAUACGAUCUGCAACCUAACGUCAGCGCCCAGUUCUCAGCCGAAGUCAAGCCACAUUCUGAGCCAUCUCUGCGACUGCCGCAGCCCUUUUCUCAAUCAUUUGCUCCUUCUGGGGUUUCACAGCAUGCGGAUGUUACACAGGCUGUGAAUCUGCCCCCGAGAUCUGAGCAAGAUGCAGGGGAUAUCGAUGAGCACGAUUCUCUGUUUUCUGCAGAUGAUUACGACGAUGAUUUGUAUCGAACACGGUCUUCCACCAGAGAAAAUACUGAGAACGGCUCUCUUUCCGUCAAUCCUCCGGAUACUCAGAACGAUAUGGAUGUGGAUGGUUUGUCAGAUGAAACGUCGGAAUCGGACUUGGAGUCUGAUAAGCAAUCUUCUAUGAAAUGUUCUAAUGGUCAAAAACAUGACGGCAGUGACACAGAGAGCCCGAACACCGGAAUUAAGUUGGAUUCGGAUGACUUCCAGACGCAGACAGACCUCUUUGGCUCUUUACAGAAAUCGCAGUUACAGAUGGCUGUACGUUCUAGACGGGAAAAGAAACGGGUUUCGUUAGGUUUCGACGAUCUCGAGGAACCAACACUAUCGGUUUCUUGCUCUCGGGCUAGCAUCAUUCAUCAUAGCCCAUCUGCGUGGGCAGCUCCUAGUUUCAUGCGCCAGACCGUCGCUCACGAAUCAGCGGAACCAUUAGGAUCACGAUCGAACUAUAUCCGCCCCGACGACACGACAAGACAACAAGAUAAAAUAGUCCUUGGCGCCCCGCAACGCGGCAACCCCCAAAAAUCUCGGCCUACAACUAGGAUCAUCGGAGAAACGCUUGAUGAGAUAUCGAGGACCCGGAAGAAAGAUACCAUCGCAACAACACGACAAACCUUACCCCGUGAGGAUGCCGAUAAUCAGAUGGAAGGCAGCGUGGGCAUGAAACGACCAUCGGGUAAUAAUCAGCCCCAUCGACCGUUGAAACGGGGGAAAAGGAAUGCUUCGCAGAGUAUUAGCGCGUUCGGAUCCGGCAGUGCCCACACUCACACCAAACUGCUUGGCUUCUCUGUAGCUCUGGACAAGACGGGUCUUCAGAACGUGGUUUCUUGGAGCAGGAUGAAGAACAUUAUUCUUAAUACGGGUAAAUAUCAGUCAGUAUUGCGGGAAUGAACUUUGACUUUGUACUUUACACUGUUCGACGGUACUCCUCGUGCUCCACUGUUGGUCAAGUGACAGACCUUGCCCCUACGGCGAUGCUGUCAUUGUCAAUGGAAGAAAGGAAAGCGUGGUAUUAAAUAUUAAUGUGUGGAUGUUCGGGAGUGGGUUUGAUAAAAGUGCUGCCAGUGAUUAACAAUCAUGAUUAAAAUACGAGCUCUAGCAGGCUCUAGUGUAGCAAGUCGUCAAGAACGGCAAGCUCGAGGACCGGGGAAGAGUGAUGAACGCUGAG